CUUUAUCUCGCCAAUAAUUCACGUCCUCUUCUUCUUUAGGUUUUUCUGUGGUAGGUGAUCUUACCCUAAUGGGCACAGAGGUGCUGCGACCGCACGAUUGUCUGAGGAACCCCCUCUCCGUCGAUGCCUUCGGGUCCCGACCUCCGCCGCCGGCGAAACCCCACCGCAAGAAACCCCCCCGGUCGCCACCCACCUCCUCCUCCCCUCCUUCCACUUCCUUCCACCUUCCUCCUCCUCCUUCGAAGGCAGGCCGGCGUGGCCUGGGCCAGCCUGCCCGCUCGCCGCCUCCCCAGGCGGUGGCCAAACCCAGCCGCGCCAACCCGCCGUUCGACAGUCGGAAAUCGCCGUCUCCGCGGAAGGAUGGUGCCCUCUCCGAAGGAGAGACCCGCUCGCGGAGGGCCCUCGUGAUGGAGGGGGUCCGGAUCUUGAAGCGAGGCGAGGAGUUGAAGCCGGGAGCCCCCCGGGCUGCCGAUCUGGUACGAGAGGGUGAUGGUUCGGUCUUCUGCUCCACGAAUCGGUUGGGGCCGGAGCCGGAGAUCCUCCCGAGGAAAGGGGGGCUCGCCGUUCUGGAGUCGCCGUACGCGGGACCGGCGUUCUUCGCGUCCCCUUCUCCCAGUUCGCUCCCUCUUCCUUCUUUUUGCCUGAAGAAGGGUGUGGUCAAGGGCGAGGAGGCCGCGAGGGCCCUUCCGUCGCGCGUUCUGGCAUGGUAAUCCGCUGCGGCGGCAAGCCAAAUCGGCGCCGAUUACGGGUGUAGGGAUGAAAAGAUGCGAUCUUUUUAGAAAAAAAAGGUGUUUGGUGGGAAAAAAAGUGAUAUUUGUCGACAAAAUUUCAACUUUGGGGGCCCCCAAAACAAAAGAAAGGGGGGGGUGGGAAAAAGAAGGGAUUAUGGUGGCGUCUGAAGGGGCUAAAGCUUUAGAUGGGAGUGUGUCAUGUUGGCUUCUCCGGUUCAUCAAUAUUCCUCUAUUUUUUCAAAAGGAAGGUGGGGAAUCGGAGAACCAAAGGUCAUAGUAGUACAACGACAGCCGUAGUUUAUUGGUAGGGGAUGUAGCUAUUGCUUAUGUUCAUCUGGUAUGUGGUAAUGGUGAUGCGUUGUUUGGUCAAUUAGAAGGUAUCUAUGUUUGAUGCGUCGAAUGUUUUGCUUUAUAGUCGUGGUUUGUAAUCUUUGAUAUGCAGUUCUAAUGGUGUUGUGGGCUAAUGUUCUUCCUCCUGUCUAACUUAGUCAUCAGAAAAAAUAAAAUGUUUUGUCUUUGGUGUUGUA